AUGGAUCAGAAGUUGCACAUAUUCUUCUUCCCCUUCUUGGCCCAAGGCCAUAUGCUGCCCACCUUAGACAUGGCCAGGGUAUUCAGUUCUCGUGGGGUGAAAUCCACCAUGAUCACAACUCACCAAUGCAUCCCCAUGUUUGAGAAAUCUAUCCAGAGGAAAGGCAAACAGUCGUUUACUGAUAUAUCCAUCCGGGGGAUACAUUUCCCGGCCGUGGAAGCCGGCUUGCCGGAGGGAACGGAAAGCGUUGACCAAAUAAAAUCAGAACAUUUGAUUCCACAUUUCAUAAUGGCCACUGCCAUGCUCCAAGAUCAGCUUGAACAGCUCUUGGAAGAAUGCCGCCCGCAUUGCCUGAUCGCUGACAAGUUCUUCCCCUGGGCCACUGAAGCCGCUGCCAAAUUCCGCAUCCCAAGAUUGUUUUUUGAUGGAAUGAGUUUUUUCGCAAAUACCGCGGAGGAAAUCAUGAGAGUUCAUAGGCCUUUUGAUUAUGUUUCCUCUGAUUCCGAACCUUUUCUGGUUCCAGAUCUUCCCCACGAAAUUAAGUUGACUAGAGCGAAAAUACCCUCGUAUGAAAGGGACAAAGAAACGGCAGGAACAGAGCUUGGAAGGUUCCUUCAACGAGUUAGGGAUUCGGAUUCUAAAAGUUAUGGAAGAAUUGUCAACAGUUUCUACGAGCUGGAGCCAGAGUAUGUUGAGUAUUACACCAAGAUAUUGGGGAGAAAGGCGUGGCACGUGGGUCCCUUCUUGCUCUGCAAUAAGGAAGUUGAAGAUAAAAUUGGAAGAGGGAAAAAUCCGACAUUGAUGAACACGAAGCAAUUUCUGAAUGAAAAACUAUUGGCUGAUGUUUUGAAAGUCGGAGUGGCUGUUGGUUCGAGAGAGUGGAGCAGAGUUGCCAGAGAGGUGAAAGGAGAAGCGUUGGCUAAGGCAGUGGAGCUUGUAAUGGUGGGUGAAGAAGCUGUGAAAAUCAGAGGGAGGUCAAAGUCACUGAAAGAUAUGGCAAGAAAAGCUGUUGAAGAAGGUGGAUCAUCCUAUACUGAUUUUGAUGUCCUCAUAAAAGAACUGAAAUCGUAUCAUUCAGAAAGAGAUCAAGAGUAA